UAUCUUUAUGAUUUAUGAUUUUGACUUGGAAUGAGUGCGCAUUUUGAGAGCUGGGCAUCCUCCAACAGGGAGCGCUGGCCAGCCUCGGGAGGAAGACUCGUGGUAGAAGACCCGGGGCUUACGGUAAUUACGUCAAGAAGGAAAGAAGCAGCGUUAGUAUGAAGAAGUGGAGUUGUAAUGUCAAGAAGUUUGAAUGCACCUACUGCAGCUAUUUCACCGUCACCUCCACUAACCUCAUGAACCACAUGCGAACCCACACAGGAGAAAAACCUUAUGCUUGUGCUCACUGCCCAUACCGUUCAACACAAAAGGGUAACCUGAGGACACACAUUAACAAACAUCACCAAAGUGCUUAUCAAGACUCUUCCUUAGGGAUUGAGGCAAGAAGAUCUGUUAGGAAAUCGGUGGCCACAACUACUGCCGUUUAUCUUCCCGCUAUUCCUUUCCCCAAUGCCAUCCCACAGCCUCUGACAGAAAAUGUUUUCAAGGUUCAGACUAACAAUGACAACAGGAAUCUUUCAGUAGCUCACCCUACUGGUAAAACAGGUGGGGAGAAGAGCUCAGCUUCUGGCAAAGAGACGCCUAGAAUUAGGGUUAAAGUUUUUGAUUGUGAAGGUGACUUGGGUAUCGCUCAGCCAGAAGUGUCUAAAGGGAGCAAAGCUGGUAAACAGAGUAGCUAUGGUUGUAAGAAAGCAAAUGCAGAAGGUGAAAAGGCUGUUGGACAGAAUCGUGGAAAAGUCCCAGGUAAUGGAGGAAGUGAUGUAUCUGCUGAUGGCCUUCUUUGUCAGAUUGAUAGUUCAGUCAGUGUCACUUGCCACUCUGGAGAUGAUCCUGCAGAAGAUGUAGAUACAAGCAAUUUACCACAAAUCACCAGUGUGAGAAGUGAAGCAGUAAAAUCAAGGCAAAAAUCUGUCAAUUGUGGAACCAUUGUGGCUAGUGUUGUAGAUGAUGCAGCUAAGUGUGGGGAUACAGGAGCUAGUUUAGAGGAUGAGGUAGCCAUUGCAGAAGGUAAGAAUCCAAGUUACAGGGAGGGGUCUGUGGUACAGGGGAAAAUAGGAUCAUGUUCAGAGAAAAAGAUAUCAGAUGAAGUUGAAAAGGAAAGUGAUAUAGAUGAUCCUGUAAGUUGCUUUGCACAGAAAAUGAGUAAACUGGGGUUAAAAGUUAAAAAGAUUUCAAAUGAACCAAACUCUGCUAAAAAGUCAGUAGACCAGAGUGAUUUAAAAGAAAAAGGCAAGUCAACAGAUGAGACAAAAAAAUCCACCGUGAGUAAAGGAACCCAAGAUGAAAAUGAUGCACUUAUAACAGUUACAAGUCAGCCAAAAACUUAGUCUUGAUUCUUAAAUUCAGACUUUUUUGGACACUGCAAAAACUUUAGUAAUACCACAAAUUUUAACACAUUAUUUUUAAUAUGUUUGCUGAAAGUGUGAAAGAAGUCAAUUGUAAAACUGUCAACUUCACAUUUGAAAUUUGUAGUCAGUGUAGUUCAUUGUGAAUCUUUAUAAUCAGAAAAUGUGAUAUUUUGAAUGCAGAUUUAAUAGUAAACAUAUAGAUUUUUCUUAAUUGAUAGAUCCCUGUUUAUAAAGAAUUGUAGUGAUUCAUCAUUAGUCACUGAUAUUUCAUCAUAAAAUCAUAUUAGAUGAAACUGGAUAAAAAGAUGGCAUUACUUGAGCACUUUUCUGUGUAAUAGUCUGCUCGUUACACAAGAUGAAAUUAUAAGAGAGCAGAUUCUUCUCUGUUUGAAUAAGUGUUAUUGUUAGUCACAUGUUUAAGCACGUAUGUGUUAGUGCACACACACAUGCUCACAUGCACACACACACAUGCUCACAUGCAC